GGGUUGGGGUUCGGGGGGAGGAGUGGGAGUUUGAGUUUUGGUGUUGGGAGUCCUGGUACGAGUCCGAGGAUGUUGGAGGACGAGAGUGAAAAUGGAAGCGGGAGUGGCAGUGGGGUGCUUCACGUGGAUAGGAGCGUGGGCACCAACAACCUGGAGUUGAAGCUCCCCCUCGUCAUUCCGCCAGAUCCCCGCGACCAUACCGUCCUCGAAGCGAUCUACAACGAGAUGCACGCACAACGGUUUAUUAACCUUUCUCCGUUGAGUUUGUUGGCCAAUCAGGUGGGGUUGUGGUUCAAGGGUGAGUCGUUUAUUCUAUCAUUUUGUUGCUUUUCAUUUUGGGUGGAGGGUGUGCCGCGGCUCGUGGGUGGAUGAAAUAUAUUGAAACAGGGUGUAUGCAUAUGUGCCGAAGUCGUGGCAGAUGUUUCAUGGAUGAACAUUCUGGGGCGUUCAUCUUGGAGGGAAACAUCUCACCUGAAGUUGGGUGGAUGAAACGUCCUGCUGUUGGGUGGGUGGAGGAAACAGCAACAGGUGGACAAAACUUUCAUCACGCUUAAAGCCUUUCCUUAUGAUUCAUUUCUAUUUCUCCGAGACGUACUAUAAGCGAUGUCAGGGUUCGAGCUAACUGGGACACGUGUAGACGUUCGCACGCACCCGCCGAU